GUGGGGAGUUGCCUCCCUACAUGGUCGAGGACUGCAGUGUGGAGCAGCAGAGGGCGAGGACGCAGCGCUGCUCACCGGUUCACCAGACUUGUGUCCUGCUGCUGAGGUGCCUUGGAGCCGGACAUCCUUUCUCUGCCAGAACGACAGAAACCAGAGAGCAACAUGGGGGCAAGGCGGAGUUUUCUCCUCGCCUUCGUCCUUGCAGCCUGUUUCUAUGGCACCGCUGCACAGAGGACAGUAUGUACCCAAGAGGCGGUGGCCGACAUCGUCUUCAUGGUGGAUGGCUCGUGGAGCAUCGGCACGGAGAAUUUUGAGCAGAUCCGACAAUUUCUAUACACACUGGUGAACAGCUUUGACGUUGGACCCGAACAUGUUCGCAUUGGCCUAGUCCAGUACAGCACCACUCCACGCACAGAGUUCCUGCUCAACUCCUUCCGGAAAAAGUCUGAUAUCCUGCAGUACGUCAGCAAGAUGCCCUACAUGGGUGGUGGCACCCAGACCGGCCAGGGUUUGGACUUCAUGCUCAAAACCCACUUUGUAGAAUCAUCCGGCAGUCGAAGAAACCAGAACAUCCCACAGAUCGCCGUGGUUAUCACUGAUGGAAAAUCUCAAGAUGACGUGGAGGUCCAAGCCCAGGAUCUGAAACAACAGGGAAUCGUCUUGUAUGCCAUUGGUAUCAAAGAUGCCGACGAGGAGCAGCUGCGAGAGAUUGCUAACAAGCCAUACAGUCAGCAUGUCUACAGUGUGUCUGAUUUUGGAGCGUUACAAGGAAUUUCUCAGAGCAUUGUCCAGACGCUGUGCACAACUGUAGAGGAAGCUAAACGACAGCUCCUGCAGUUGACCAAAGAAUGUGCCAAAGCAACCGAAGCUGACAUCGUCUUUGUGGUGGACGGAUCCUCCAGCAUCGGACCCAACAACUUUCAGGAGGUCCGUGGGUUCCUUCAAAACUUGGUGAACGGCCUUGAUAUCGGCCCGAACAAGGUUCGAGUGGGUUUAGUACAGUACAGCGAUGAACCGUACCAGGAGUUUCUGCUCAAGGACCACAUGGACAAGACAUCUUUACUAAAUGCAAUCGUCAGCUUUCAAUACCGCGGAGGGGGAACAGAAACAGGCAAGGCCAUCAACUUCACCAGGGAAAUGUAUUUCAAAGAAGAGGCUGGGAGUCGAGCCAGCCAGCGUGUUCCUCAGAUCGCUGUGGUCAUCACUGAUGGAGAGUCCAUUGAUGACGUGGUGGUGCCGUCGAAGGAGAUGAGAGAUCAUGGAGUUAUUGUUUUCAGCAUUGGGGUGGGUGGCGCAAACCUGAAACAACUGAACGACAUAGCCAACCAGCCGUCUAGUCGCUUCAGUUUCUACAUUGACAGCUUCCAGACUUUGGAGAGGCUGACUGAUGCUCUGCUACAAACGGUUUGUGUCUCCAUGGAAGACCAGCGGCAAGCCUUGGCCGAGACUUUUGCAGACAUUGUCUUCCUGAUCGACAGUGGAAUCAGUCCAACAGAGUUCCAGCAGAUGCGCGGAACUAUUGUUCGUCUGAUCAGCCAACUUAACAUCGGCAGUGCUGCUUACCGCAUCGGACUGGCCCAGUACGCAAAAGAAACCAAAGUAGAAUUUCGACUGAACACUUACCAAACCAAAGAGGACACUCUAGGAGCAUUCAGGAAGUUUCGCCUACGUAAACCUCAAGCCAAUGAGCCUCGAAACCUGGGAGCUGCCCUGAAGUAUGUCAAAGAGAACCUUUUCUCUGUUGAAGCAGGAGGUCGAGUUGAUCAGGACCAUCGCCAAAUCCUGGUACUUCUGAGUGGACAAGAGUCCAGCGACUCUGUGUACGGACAGGCACGCUUGAUCAAAGAUGCAGGAGUGACGGUGGUGUCAUUGAAUGCUGGUUCAACUUUGUCUAUCGAUUCAGUUGUUGGUGCUGCAGUGCCGGUUGAUGUCGUCACACGGCAACUGAAGGUUGUGUCCUCACCACGGUUGUAUUUCUCUUCUGUCAACGCUGCUGUCACCAGCCUGAAGACUGUCUUUGAAGGUCACGAGAAGGAGUUCAAGGUCACUGAAGGAGAUUGCGAAGCAGCUAACCUGGCGGACAUUGUCUUCAUUGUUGACGAAUCUGGAAGUAUCGGACAGCAAAACUACAAACUUAUCCGCUCUUUCCUGUACUCCGUGGUGAAUGAUCUCGAGGUGAAGCCAAACCAAAUCAAAGUUGGUAUUGUGAUGUUCAGUGAUCGGGCGUCGUCCGAGGUCUACCUUGACACCUUCAAAGACAAGAAGGAAUUGCUGAAGUACAUAAAAAUCCUUCCAUACCGUGGUGGUGGUACCAACACGGCGGCAGCUCUGGAGUUUGCAGAGGAGAAAGUUUUCACCACGGCGAGAGGAAGUAGGAAACGCAUGGGGGUGCAGCAGAUCGCGAUUGUGAUCACAGAUGGAGAGUCGCAGUACAACGUUACCAAAGAGGCCGCCAGUCUUCGACGUUCGGGUGUGACGGUCUAUGCUAUUGGAGUCAAAGACGCCAAUGAGGAACAGUUAAUUGAGAUUGCUUCUCAUCCGGCUAGCAAGUACGUGUUCAAUGUGGACAGCUUUGCCGCGCUGAAGUCAGUCAAGCAAAAACUACCGAGGGCCCUCUGCAACAACAUCAUUCGACAGGCUGUCAGUGUGACAACCAGAAGAAGCGGAAUCAAAAAAGGAUGUACUAAAACUGAUGAAGCUGACAUCUUCUUUCUCGUCGACCACUCUGGAAGCAUUUAUCCAAAUGAUUUCCAAGACAUGCUGAAGUUCAUGACUGAAUUCGUCCGCACCUUCCGAAUUGGCCCAAAGCACGUCAGAGUGGGAGUGGCUAAAUACUCAGAUGAUCCAAACCUAGAAUUUGAUCUUAAUACGCACACAGACGCUAAAGCCUUAGCCAAAGCCCUGGGUGAGAUAAAACAGCUUGGAGGCGGAACAAAUACAGGAAAAGCCCUGGAUUUCAUGUCUCCACAAUUCGACCGAGCAGCAAAAACACGUGGCCAUCAGGUGAAGGAGUACCUAGUGGUCAUUACUGAUGGACAAUCCGCAGAUGAAGUGAAGGUGCCUGCUGAUAAGCUGAGGUCACAGGGUGUCACCGUCUACUCUAUAGGAAUAAAAAGUGCAGUUGUAGCUGAGCUGCUGGAGAUUUCUGGUGACUCAAAGAGGACUUUUUUCGUCAACAAUUUUGAUGCCCUGAGACCUAUUAAAGAUGAAAUCAUCACUGACAUCUGCUCCAAGGAUGCAUGUGAAGACGUGCCCGGCGACCUCAUCUUCUUGAUCGACAGCUCUGGAAGCAUUGAAACGCCAGAAGACUACGGGAAAAUUAAGGACUUCAUGGUGGCUGUGGUCAACAGGUCCAACAUCGGAAGGGACAAAAUCCACAUUGGUGUCAUGCAAUUCAGCGACAAUCCGCAGAUGGAGUUUCCGCUGAAAAAGUACUUCACCAAAGAGGAAUUGAAGACAGCCAUUGGUGGCAUGUGGCAGCUUGGUGGUGGCACAAAGACUGGCGAUGCCAUCAGGGAGCUGACAAAGUAUUUUGAUGCCGCCCAAGGAGGACGCCCAAAUGUGAAACAGCGAUUGGUAGCAAUCACGGACGGAAGGUCACACGAUGACGUAAAAGACGCUGCUGCGGCUCUGAGGGCAAAGGGAGUGACCAUUUACGCCAUUGGAGUGGUCAACGUAAACCGCACCCAGCUCCUGGAGAUCAGUGGGGCCUCAGAACGAGUUUUUGUACAGAGAGACUAUGAUGCCCUCAAGGAGCUGGAAAGUGAGGUUGCACUGGAAUUGUGUGAUACAAAAAGAGACUGCAAGAAAUCAGACAUCAUCUUCCUUGUGGACGGGUCUCAGAGCAUUGAUGAGACAGAGUUCCAGAGCAUGCAGACAUUCAUGGCUUCCAUUGUGAAUCAGACCGUAGUGGGCCCAUCAGACACCCGGUUUGGAGUCAUCCUCUACUCUACAGAGGUCAAGUCUAUCUUCACCCUCAAGAAGUAUGAUUCCAAACGUGAGGUUCUGCAAGCAAUCGCUGAACUAAAGUCUCUCCAUCAAGACACACACACGGGUGAGGCCCUGGAGUUUUGCCUUAAAGAGUUUGACGCGGUGAAUGGGGGGCGGAGGGCACUCGGCGUCCCCCAGUUCCUCAUGGUGAUCACAGACGGAGAAGCCACAAACCCUUACAUCCUUGAGAAGCCGUCCAAAGCCCUGCGCGAUGCUGGAGUCAAUGUCUACAGCAUCGGGGUGGAGGAAGCCAACCAGGACCAGCUGAAGACCAUGGCCGGCCGCGACGACCACGUCUUCUAUGUCAACAAUUUUGACGGCCUGAAAACCUUGCUCAAGAGCAUAACAGAUUCCCUCUGCAAUGAAAGCAACCUAGCUUGUGAGAAGCAACAGGCAGACCUGGUCCUGCUGGUGGAUCAGUCCGGCAGCAUUAAGGUGCAUGAGUACGCCAUAAUGAAGAAUUUUACCAAAGAUCUGGUGGGCAGCUUCCAAGUCAACAAGGAUUUUGUUCGAGUGGCUCUGGCCCAGUUCAACAGUGGCUUCCAGCAUGAGUUCUUUCUCAACCAGUUUUACGGUGUGGAAGAUAUUUAUAGUCACAUUACAGGCAUGGUGCAGCAGGGUGGCGGCACAAAUAUUGGUCUGGCUCUGGAGCGUAUUCAGGCAUAUUUUGAGGCUUCACGUGGCAGCCGUCGUUCCUCUGGAGUCUCACAGAACCUGGUGCUCAUCACAGACGGAAUGUCAGAUGAUGAUGUGUUGGGUCCGGCAGUCAAACUACGGGAGAUGGGCGUGGUGGUCUUCGCCAUUGGGAUCGGCAAUGUCCACAGUCUGGAGCUGCAGCAGAUCACUGGAUCUCCCAAGCGUCUCUUCACUGUUAAGGACUUUGAUGCAUUGAAGGAGAUCAAGCAGACAGUGGUUGAGACUAUUUGCAGUGAACCUGAGGAUGAGCCAGAUUGCACCAUCGACAUUGCAAUGGGUUUUGAUAUCACCAGGAGAUCUUCUCGUGAUUUGCUGGGUGAACAGGUGAAGCUGCGGUCUUUCUUACCGCACAUAGUCCACUACGUCUCGUCGAUUCCAGGCUUGUGCUGCACUGGGCCAGUCCCCAUCAAGCCCAACAUUGCAUUUAGAGUAGUGGAUCGCCAGGGCAAGUUGUUGGAUGACUUCAACUUCGAGAGCUAUAAUCAGGACAUCAUCAAGAAGGUCAUGAGUCUGACUCCAUCUGAGCCCACAUACUUCAAUACGCCAAUGCUCAGGUCCUUUGGGGAGAAGUUCAAACUACAGUCAGGCGCCGGGGUUAAGAUUCUCGUGGUCUUCUCCGAUGGACUGGACGAUGAUGUGAUGAAGCUGGAAUAUGAGUCUCAUCAGCUCAGACAAGCUGGGCUUGAUGCUCUGCUCGUGGUUGCACUGGAGGGAGCUCAGAACCCGUCCCAGCUUCAGAUGGUGGAGUUUGGCCGCGGUUUCGGCUAUAAGGUUCCUCUCACCAUUGACAUGCCAAGUGUGGGCAGCACCAUCCUCAAGCAGAUUGAUACUGUGGCUGACCGCGAGUGCUGCAACGUCAUGUGCAAAUGUACUGGACAUGAAGGCGUCAGAGGAUCUCGAGGCGGAACAGGGGAAAAGGGUGCACCAGGACAGAAGGGUCAUGCCGGAUUCCCUGGAGAAGAUGGUGUGGCCGGCGAGCGGGGCCUACCUGGACCAAGUGGACCCCAGGGAGUCCAGGGUUGUUCUGGGAUCAGAGGAAUAAAGGGUUCCAGGGGUCUCCGGGGUGACAGGGGUGAGAAUGGAGAGGACGGGCUGGACGGAGUGGAUGGAGAGCAGGGAUUGACGGGCAAAGAUGGGAGUCGUGGAGCGAGAGGACAUCCGGGAAACCCAGGCGUCCCAGGUAGCCGAGGAGAGAGCGGUCUGAACGGACAGCGAGGACUGAGAGGAGAUCCGGGUGAACCAGGGACUGACAAUACUGUGCCGGGGCCCAAAGGAGAGGUUGGGAAUCAAGGUCUACCGGGUGAACCGGGAGAAGAUGGAAAUGCAGGCGAGAGCGGUGUCUUCGGAGCCCCGGGACCUGAUGGGAGGCGAGGGCCGCUCGGCAACAAGGGUCCACCAGGAAAACCUGGCGAGCCAGGAGUCCAAGGUAGUCCUGGUGCUUCAGGUCCACAGGGUCCAAGAGGAUCAAGAGGUCCACCUGGGCCAAGAGGUCCUGCUGGUCUCCCUGGACGUCAGGGCGGACCAGGCACACCUGGGAAAGCUGGCCUGGCUGGACGUCGCGGAGCCAACGGACAGAAGGGCCAACCAGGCGAGCCAGGAGAAGCUGGUGUUCCGGGUUCGAUGGGUCCUCGAGGAAUGCCAGGCCAGGAUGGGAAAGAUGGGUAUGGACCCGAAGGACCAAAGGGCGUUAAAGGUGAUCCUGGUUAUCCUGGCUACCCUGGACUUGUGGGGGAGAGCGGGCUGCAGGGUCCUAAAGGUUACCCGGGGCGUAAAGGGAACCUCGGACGCGGGGGGAACUCUGGAAUUCCAGGAGAGUCAGGUGUUGUCGGAGAGCCGGGUUAUCCCGGACACAGAGGCCCUCGAGGUCCACCUGGGAAGACAGGCAAGACAGAGUGUGAGCUGAUCACCUACAUCCGAGACAACUGUGCUUGUUCCAUCGAUCGCUCCAGCUGCCCAUCCUUCCCCACCGAGCUGGUGUUCGGCCUGGACAUGUCCGAAGAUGUGACCCCAGCCGCCUUCGAGAGACAACGAUCCGCUCUGCUGUCCCUACUGGAUGAGAUCAGCAUUGCUGAGAGCAACUGUCCCACUGGGGCACGUGUGGCCGUCGUGGCCUACAGCACCUUCACCAAGUACCUGAUCCGCUUCCAGGAUUACCGCCGCAAGACCCAGCUGGUCGAGGCAGUGAAGAACAUCGCCCUGGAACGCAGCACCAACAAACGGCACCUGGGAUCGGCCAUGCGCUUCGUGGGCCAGAAUGUCUUCAAGCGCAUCCGGUCUGGAAUGAUCAUGCGGAAGGUGGCUGUGUUCUUCUCUGGAGGUCAAGUUCAAGAUGUCGCCAACAUUGUCACCGCCACCAUGGAGUACCGUGCCCUCGGUAUCGUGCCUGCCGUCAUCUCGCUGAAGAAUGCGCAACUGGUCAGCCGUGCGCUGGAGGUUGACGACACUGGGAAUUCCAUCUUCGUGGUGCUGGGGAGGGACGCCAGCGCCGACCUGAGGAAGAUCAGGAACUGUGCCAUUUGUUACGACCCGUGUCAGCGCUUGGAGGAGUGUUCCUUUAUCCAGGACCCGCCGAAGCCUCAGGAGGCCGACGUGGACCUCGUCAUGGUGGUGGACAGUUCCAGAGAGGUGCAAACGGACGAGUACGCUGGGGUCCAGCAGCUCCUAGGCUCGGUGUUGGAGCAGGUGGCUGUGAGCCCUCAACCCCGUCGGCCCGGUCCUGGGGCUCGAGUGGCGGUGGUCCAGCAGAGUGGCCUGAACCCCAAGUUAGAGUUCGGCCUUCAGGCCUUCCAGAGCCAGGAAGCCAUGAGGGAGCACCUCGUCCGGAACAUGCAGCAGCAGCACAGCUCCUCUGCGCUCGGCCAGACUCUGGAGUUCAGCCUGCAGGAGGUUCUGCUGAAGGCAGCGCAGCCCCGCAAGAGAAGGGUCUUGUUCACUGUGGUGGGCACCCAGACCGCCUACCAGGACCAGGCCAAGUUGCACUACAUGUCCCAGAAGGCCAAGUGUGAGGGGGUGGCGAUCUUUGUGAUGACGGUGGGUGACCGCUACAACCGCACACAAGUGGAAGAGCUCGCCAGCCGACCCGUCCGCCAGCACCUGAUCCAUGUGCGCCAGCUGAAGUCUGAGGAGCAGGGCUACACCCAGCGCUUCUUCAGGGUCUUCCUUUCCGCUCUCAACAAGGGCAUCAAUACUUAUCCCCCCCCUGCUGUGAAGGAGUCAUGUGACAAGCUGGAUGGAGGGCAAAUCUUCAUCAGUGGGCAAGAAGGUUACAUAGAGGUCGCUGACCAGGUGCCUGUCAACUUCGAGGAGCAACUGAGGAGCAGAACUCAGACGGGAAAGAUGAGCGUCGACACGCUGACACCAACAGACAUGAAAGCCCAGUGUCAGUUGCCUGCUGAUACUGGUGUCCACUGUAGCGACCACAUUCAACUGUGGUUCUUUGACAAAGACGUCGGUGCAUGCUCCCCCUUCUGGUACGGAGGCUGUGGCGGCAACGCCAAUCGCUUUAACACGGAACGUGAAUGUUUACGGACAUGUGGCGCUCCUCACUCUAAACAUCUGCUGAGCUCAAGCGCCCCUCGCGUGCUCACAAAAGACGCCUGCUUCCAGCCUCAGGACAUCGGCAGCUGCCAGAACUACACCAUGAUGUGGCACUUUGAUGCAGAUCAGAGCGAGUGUGCACGUUUCUGGUUCGGCGGCUGCGGUGGCAAUGACAACCGCUUCAGCACGCAGGACGAGUGCGAAAGUCUGUGUUUGAUCAGGAGCCACUGAGCGAACCGCUCUGGACACUGUCUCCACGUCAGCAUGGACGUUUCGUCCCCAAGGUUUAAUAAGUGAUGUGUGGGGUUUGCUGAUGCCUCCCCCCUUCAGGUGGUUCACAGGAACAUAAGCCAAGACUUCCUAAGAAAUAUUUGGAAAAAAAACAAUAAAAUGUUUUUA